UAGUGCAAGGUAAAUGCUUUGUAGCGCCGAGUAUCCGACUGCUGCUUCCAAAUGCGUGCGUGGAGCUGCUCUACGUCCUUUAAAGAAAAAAAAGCGAGAGAUGACUGUGCCCGAGGCGGAUUGCAGUGAGGUGUGUCUCACCACCACUAACACAACGACAACGACAACGACACGAUACCAGGGCUCCGUCAGGAACGUUGUGGCUGCACUGUUUUAAUUUAAAAGUCUUAUGAGGAGUAUCUUCUCUGAACUGAAUAUGAAGCAAAUAUUUAUCGAUGAAAUUGGAGUAUAAAUUGAAAUGGAACUUGCUAGGCACCAGCUUUCCACCAAUCACAGAGGCAAUUGCACAUUAAUGGCUAUCGUUAAUCCAAAAUUCCGCAAUCAGGCAAGGAAAUUUGACUAACACUUCCUUCGUCCUCAAGAACCCUUCAUCAUGCAGUCUAGGAUUCCUGGCCCCACUGCAAGGGCGACUCCAGCAAUCGGCAGCAGUUCUAAGUCUCUCACAACUAUGAACAGACAAGGUCAAACUGUUAGCUGUAUGAAUAAGCACAACGCAUUGCCCAGCAAGUCCAGCAGCCAGAAAGAUUUAUCGGACAAUACAACUCAACUGCCAGCCAUGAAUGGAAAUGUGCAAUUAAAUUCGACAAGGCACCAGUACUCUUCAGACGCUUCUCAACAACGAAACCUACAACCGAACAGAAAGCAAACCUCAGAGAUAUCCUCCAAACAAACAGCGAGGCAGUUUAAUCCUUCAAGUUCUCCCUCAAUAAAUGAUCUGGAGAAGGUGUCAACCCCGGGAAAUGAAAGAAGUUCAUUUAAUGCAAAUAAAUCAGCAGAGGAACAUAAAUACCACAGUAAAACUUCCCGACACAGUGUAGAGGGCAGAGCUGAAGUAUUUUUGAACAACAAGGGGCUAGAUGGUUCAGUGGAUGUUGGGAACUCCGAAUUGUGCAAAACUGAACCAGAUAGCGGAGAAUUUACAUACAACAGUCCAAGGAUACCAAGGAAGGGAAUUGGUCAGUCUUUGAAUAAAACUCAGAACGUGCCGAAAUUCGCAUCAAAAAUUCCAGACAGAGGUCCAAAGGAAGAGAAGAAUGAUACAAGUGGGAUCAACACUAGGGGGAAAGUAGCUUCUACAAAAGCCUCUCGAAUUGCUGGCUUGAACCAUACGAGGAGCAGAGCUCUGAACGAUGUGCAAAAGGGCAUUGCAACACUCCCGCCCAGGGGAAAGUGUAAAUCCAGACUCAGUAUUUCAAAUGAUAAUCUAUUGCAGCUGUCCAGAUGUGGAAGUGCAACAGAUACAGAGAAACCCAAACACGGUUCCAGUCAAAGGCAGUGGAAAUCUGAUGUUAGCUGGAAGUCCUACAGUUUCUCCAAUUUGCAUUUAGACGACAGCGAAGAUUUGUCCGAACUUUCUCUCUCCUCCAUGAGUUCUCCAAAGCGUACUGUGACGGGUGGCAUGAAAAUGUACAUCAAUAGCAACGUCAUCAAGCUUCCAUCUCCGACACAAAACAGCCACCCCAACACAGCCACAGUAGCUCCUUUCAUGUACAAAGGUGAAACGAAUAGAGAAAGUAUUAACGUGGAACUAAAGGAACCUGCCGCCUAUCCCAACACAGCUGAAUACAACUGGAAACACAAAAAAUCUCUUGAGGACAUUGAUCCAGAGACCCAGAGAAAAAGGACUGUUCAGAAUAUUGUAGACCUUCGUCAGAACUUGGAGGACACCAUGACAAGUUUGAGGGGAUCACAGAUAUCCCAUAGUGCUUUGGACGCCGCCUUUGACAGUGACCUGACUGCGGAAGUCAAUGCCAGAAGCCGCGGCACAAGUUCAUCCAACCGAUCCUCACCGUUGUCCUGGCGCUACGGCCAAGCCAGCCCCCGCCUCCAGGCAGGCGACGCACCUUCUGUGGGCAGUGGGUGUCAGCCGGGAGGGAACUCAGGCUGGUUUGUCCGUGGCGACUCCUCUCAUUACUCCCACACCAUGCCUAUGCGGAGUUCCAGUAAAUCGUGUAACAUCUCUCGCUUGGACCUGGAUUCUCUGGAUACGGAUGAUGUGGACCUGAAGUCUAUCAGUGGCGACAUGUCUGGCUAUAUGAGUGAUAGUGACUUGUUGGGGAAGACCAUGAACGAUGAUGACAUUACAACCGGUUGGGAUGAAAGCAGCUCCGUGAGCAGUGGCCUCAGUGACACCUCUGACAAUCUUAGUUCUGAAGAUUUAAAUGCCAGUUCAUCUCUCAACUCCUAUCCAACCACUCCCGUGGCAUCCAGACGAAAUUCCGGCGUUGCGCUGCGGACUGACGCGGAGAAGCGGUCUAUGGUUGAGAGCGGCCUGACUUGGUGCGGUGGCUCUGAAGGCAAAGGGCAGAAGAAGUCGGAGAGCGGCUACGAUGCCAGCAACCUCAAGAUGGAUCAAAACACAAAGUGGAGACGGAUUCGGAGCGAGUCAGCUGACGAGACCACGAAAGGAGAACUCAAGAAACUGCAGCCCUCCGUGCAAACGAGUUCACUAAAGAAGACUGCAGCACCUGUGGGGGUGACUUCCCCAAUGACGUGUUCAGGAGCAGGCUCUCUGAAACCAGCUGGUAAAAUUGAUUCUAAAGCCCAAGACAAAGGAAAAAUGGUUCUCAAAGGAACGACCUUGGAAAGAUCUUCAUCUGAUGCCAGUCGGGACAGAGUUGGAGAGGCACGGAAACCUCCGUCAGGUAUUUCCAGGCCUUCCACUGGAAGUUCUUUCGGCUACAAGAAACCCACGACGGGCACUGCGACCGUCGUGACGGCUGGCGGGAGCUCUGCGGGGAAAGCUCCGAAAUCCACGGGCAUCCCUGUUAAACCGACAAACUCCAGGAAAACCAGCCUGGAUGUGUCCCAAAACCACGAUGGCUUCAUGUCGUCAAGUGCAAGGACAGCCGUGCAGUACCGCAGCCUGCCCCGUCCGGCCAAGUCCAGUUCUGUCAGCGUCACAGGCAGGGCGGGUAUGAACAGGCCAGUCAGCAGCAAUAUUGACCCGAGCCUCAUCAGCAGCAAACACGGGGGGAUCCCAGUGUCCCGCCUGAAGGAACCCUCGAAAAUUGGUUUGGGGAGAACAAGCUCCGGGCCAGUGAAUCAAACGGACCGAGAGAAAGAGAAAGCCAAGGCAAAGGCUGUGGCUUCGGAUACUGAAUGUACAAGUGCAGCAGGUUCUGCAAAGAUGGCUGCAGCCUCUGACAGUCAAAGUAAAUUGCAAGGAAUGCGACAGCAAAGCUGCAAGUUCACAGAGAUGUCAUCUCCAACUACACAGAGGGUGAUAAGCUCAAAAGGAAUCAGCAAGCCACCUACAAUGGCCAACAUUGACAAAAUCAACUCCAACAGCCUAGAUUCAUCCACCUCAGGACAUCCUUUGAUCAGCAACAGUAUUGCCAAUGAAACAUUAACCAAACUCCCCGAUGUUCAGACAAGUACAAUCAGCUUAACUCCAUGUCUAACUCCAAGCCCUGCCCCUGUCCUUAACGUGAAUUCCAGUAGCUUUAGCCAAGGGCUUGGACUAGGUAGCAAUUUCAUAAACAACAAGGAAACCCUUAUGUACCCUAAGCUAAGUAGCCUGCACACCAGCAUGGAAUCUUUGGAUCUCCCGUUGAGUGUUCCAUGUUCAUUCCCACCUAACCGUACACUUUCAAGGGAAGAAGACCACAGCACUCUUACGUGGACUGGGAGUUCUAGAUUCUCACAGAUGGAGAGUGCAAAACGUGACAGAAAUACUCUGCCGAAAAAGGGACUAAGAUACGGAACAAGUUUACAGCCUGAAGACACCAAGGAAUGGCUCCACACACGUCCUAUCGGUGGAUCCAUGGACUCCGAUACCCAAUUAAUUUCUUCUCCCUCUGCUGUCCCAUUGUCAAAUUUAGCAGCAAGCCCCACAGUGGUAUCACAGCUCAACAGCCCCACCCCGAAGAUGAUGCGUUCCAACAGCAUUCCCACCCAUGAUUCCGCCUUCGAUUUGUAUGGAAGUUUACAGAUGGGAAGCACAAUUUCUUUGGCGGAAAGACCGAAGGGGAUGAUUCGCUCAGGUUCAUUUAGGGAUCCUGUGGAUGACGUUCAUGGCUCAGUGCUUUCCCUUGCCUCCACCACAUCAUCGGUUCAUUCUAUGAGUGAAGACAAGGUCCAAGGAGAGCAUAUCCGAAAACUACGUAGAGAGCUUGAAUCUUCACACGACAAGGUUUCUACACUUACAUCACAACUGUCUACAAAUGCUCAUCUUGUGGCAGCAUUUGAGCAAAGUUUGACUAACAUGACAUCUCGUCUACAGAAUCUUGCUGCGACUGCAGAACAAAAGGACUCAGAGUUAUUUGAUCUUAAAGAAACUAUUGAUAUGUUGCACAAAAAGAAUUCUGAAGCACAAGCUGCUAUACAUGGAGCCUUGAACCACCCAGACUUAACACCCAAAGAAUUGCGUAUAAAACGGCAGAAUUCAUCAGACAGUAUUUCCAGCCUCAAUAGCAUUACAAGCCACUCCAGCAUUGGGAGUGGUAAAGAUGCUGAUGCCAAAAAGAAGAAGAAGAAAAGCUGGCUGAGAAGUUCAUUUAAGCAAGCCUUUACCCUCAAAAAGGCGCCCAAAUCAGCGUCCUCAUACUCUGACAUUGAAGAGAUAGCAACGCCAGACUCUUCUGUUCCAUCCUCGCCCAAAGUACAGCAUGAAGACGCAGAGUCAUCACCUCUCUCCAUGACGCCAUCACUUUCAACCACUAAGGCCUUUGACUCCGGUGAGACUGACCUGAAGGAUGUAUCAAUACUACGGGGUGAGCUGUGGGAGAAGGAAAGGAAACUGACGGAUAUUCGCCUGGAGGCUCUAAGUUCAGCUCACCAGCUCGAGCAACUGCGAGAGGCUAUGCACAAUAUGCAGGUGGAAAUUGAAGCACUGAAACUGGAAAACGACCGUCUUAAAUCUGAUACAGGUGACACAGUGGUGCAGCUGGUAGAGCCACUGCCUCACAGCGCCAGAGACCCGUGUUCGAUCCUGACCUCGAGUGUUGCCUGUGUGGAGUUUGCACCGUCUCCCUGUAACUGCAUGGGUUUUCUUCAGGUGUUCCGGUUUCCUCCCACAUCCCAAAGACAAGCAGAUACAUCCCCAAUGGAUGGGGUGACCUGUUCCUCCUCAAAGGAAGAAAGAAAUGUUCGAAUUGUGGUCCUACUGACUGAAGAGCAGAUUUGCAAUGAGACUACAAAGCAGCAAGAAUUUUUCCUUGGUUUUGCCAAAGUAAAUGGAGCAACUGACUGGACUACUUUAGAUGGAGUUAUCUGCCAGUCUUUUAAGGACUACAUUACAAAAGUGGACCCAGUGUCUUGUCUUGGCUUGAGUACAGAUGCCAUCUACAGCUAUAGUGUUGAUCAUACGAAACGAGUGUUUGGAACUGAACCACCAGACCUGCUGCCCUACAGAUAUAUGGGAAAAGAAGUCACCAGCUUCUCCGUCACUUUGAAAGGAUUACAAGAGAAAAGUAUAGACAGCUUGGUCUUUGAAACACUGAUUCCCAAGCCAAUGAUGCAGCAUUACCUCAGUCUACUGCUCAAGCACCGAAGGCUUAUCUUGUCUGGCCCUAGCGGGACGGGCAAGUCCUACCUGUCCAUUCGUUUGGCUGAAUACUUGGUUCAGCGGUCAGGACGAGAGGUCACGGAUGAAAUCAUUGUCACGUUUAGCAUGGACACACAUUCUUGCAAGGAUUUACAGCUGUAUCUUUCCAACCUCGCCAAUCAAAUUGACAGAGAGACGAGCACAGGCAAUGUGCCGCUGGUCAUAAUUCUUGAUGAUCUCAACGAGCCUGGUUCUCUCAGUGAACUUGUCAAUGGUGCCCUUACAUGCAAGUAUCAUAAAUGCCCAUACGUAAUUGGAACCACCAACCAGCCAAUCAAAACAACACCAAAUCAUGGCCUUCAUCUAAGUUUCAGGUUGGUCCCAUUUUCGAACAAUGCGGAACCCGCCAACGGAUUCCUUAGUCGCUACUUACAGCGAAAGUUGAUUGAGUCGGAGAACGUUGCAAAUGCAAACAAUAACGAAAUCCUCAACAUUCUCAACUGGGUGCCCAAGUUAUGGUAUCAUCUACACACGUUUCUGGAAAUGCACAGUACAUCUGACUUCCUCAUAGGUCCUUGCUUUUUCCUAUCUUCUCCUGUCAACAUGGCUGAAUUUAGAGAAUGGUUUAUUGACCUGUGGAAUUAUUCCAUUCUCCCUUAUCUUCAGGAAGGCGUUAAUGAUGGUGUUAAGACCUAUGGAAGAAAAGCAGUGUGGGAAGACCCUGCCAAAUGGGUGCAGGAUACUCUACCUUGGUCAACUGCCCCACAAGACCGCUCCAAGAUCUUCCAUUUGCCUCCUCCAAGCAUAGGAUCCCAUGUUACUGGACCUCCUGCAGAUGAAAGAAAGAUCAAAGAGACAGCACCAACGUCAAUUGAAUCUGACCCACUUAUGAGUAUGCUACUGAGGCUCCAGGAGGCAGCCAAUUACACCCAAAGUUGUGAAGGAGACAAUGUUUUGGAAUCAUCUUUACAAUCAACACAUUGAAAGAAAAGAAAGCAAGGAAUAUGGGAGCCAUCUUGUUUUUAAAUGUGUCAUAACUACUUUAUGAAUAUUGUAGUCCUGAGGCAGAUGUAUAUUCUGUGAUAGACGUAGUUAGAUAGGGGGCUAAAUUAAUUCAUGGGUAAAAUUGUAGGUUUAAGGCCCAAAAUCAUAUGUAAGUAAACUGUGAUCAUUUAUUGUAAAUCAUAUCACCUAGCCAUCUGGAAGGAAUAAUACCAUCUGACUGUAUGGACUUUUAAUGCUGUGUUUGUACCUUAUAAUUCAAUCUUCAAAAGUGCAUGGCAAUCAUUUAAGCAGAAACAACUAAUAUUUUAGUGAGCUUUAUUAAGGUUAACUCCGAAAGUACAACUCAAACAAUUACAGGGAACUGUCGCUGUUCCACUACUGCUAACAUCUCAGAUGUCACACCGGUGCUUAUUGGAGAAACUCUCCACCAAACUUUGCAGUUGAUAGUGCUCAAAACCUCAUUCAUUCACACAGUUUGUGUGCACAAAAGCACAGCUAAAAAAUGUGAAUCGUAGUGAAACCACUAAAACAGGAAUUUAUUAUUUCCCAAGUGAUAAAAUGGUGCACACAGGAAAUGAAAUGUCUUUGUAUCCUGAAUUUCAAACUGAUAUGUCUUUUUUUAAAUUUUGGUUUCAUUCGCCGUUGAUGUGUAUUAUAGGAACCCUUUAAGUACCUGUUUCCCUAUGCACAUAUGAGAAGGCUUUUUAAACAAAGGCAGUUGAGGGAGGGGUGAGUGUACAUUAUGGAAACAAAAUUGUUAACCUCAGGAACAAAUUAUUUUUCCUCCUUCAGCAUCGCAUCUUAAGUUAAUUAGUUUCAUUAGAUCCCCUGCACUAAACCUAUUAACAAGGGGCCAAACUGACUUUUCCCAGAGAGAACCUAAAACCUACUUGUACCUAGUUACUUGAAGAUGUACAGCAAACAAAUGUUUAAUCCCUUCUAAGUAUUAUCUGUUUUGGGGCAUAUUACUUGUGUCCCAAUGGCUAGUCCAUAUGCAUAUGUCAUCCUAAAGAGUACCUAUAAUGGUAAGAGCAGGUUUUUUUUUUUUAAUUUUAGCUACAGCACAGUAUGUGUUCCUUGUGUUUAUAAUGCUGCAAAUAUCCAACUUUUGAAAAUAGAUGCAGGAAUGUCAUAUUUAAAAUUUCUUCUGAACUUCUUCAACUUUAUUAUGAAGAACACCCGCAGCAUGAGUUAUUACUUGGAGCUUUUGCAAUAAAAUUGUGUGGGAAGAGAUUCACCCUCUGCUGUACGAGGUCAAUGUUUGAAGCAGUGCCAUGUCCAUUAGAUUCUACUUAACAAAUUUUAUUGAAGUCAAUGGAGCCAAAUUUCAAUAGUACAUUAGAACGUAGAGUGCUGGAGUAACUCAGUGGGUCAGGCAACAUCUAUGGAGAACGAGGGUAGGCGACGUGCAAACUGAAGAGUUCAGACUGCGUCUGAAGAAGGAUCUCUACCUGAAACAUCGCCUAUCCAUGUCCUCCAGAGAUCCUGCCUGACCCAUGUAGUUACUCCAGCACUUUGUCUUCGACAAGAUUCCAGCAUCUGCAGUUCUCCGUGUCUUCACUAUUACAUUGUACGUUUAAGGCAAACAGUAGAAAGUGAAUUUCUGGCCUGUACACUUUCCUUAUGGUGUAAACGGCAGCAUUGUAAGGAUUUUAAUGUGUUUCUGAACUAGCUUUUACACAAUAUUCUGUGAUUUUUCUGGUUAUUCAUUAAAUCAAAUCAUCAACUUACCAAUUUCAUCCUCAUUAUUCAUUCAUCAGUUCAGUUUUCCUCCUGUCUCUGAAUAGAACUAUUUGUAAAGCUGGGACUUUGGCCAUGAAUUUAAUAUAACAUACACCACUUGGCUCCGAUGAGAGUUCUGCAACACCCUCUCUCGCUGCACUCCCGCUGUGAUUCCUUCCGCUCCCCGCUCUGCGACUACAUUUUAAUCCGGCCUCACUCACCUUCUCCACAGCCACCAAUGGACCAUUGUGGGCUCCACCCUUCCUUGAUCAUCGUUGCUGGCUUUGAUUUGUCCUUUUGCAUACCUGUCAUUCAUUUGUUUCUUUUCAUAUCUCUCAUUUCCCUCGCCCCCGAAUCUCAGUCUGAAGAAGGGCCACAACCCGAAACGUCACCUAUUCCUUUUCUACAGAGAUGCUGCCAGACCCACUGAGUUAUUCCAGCUUUUUGUGUCUAUCUUUGGUGUAAGCCAGCAUCUGCAGUUCCUGCAGAAGCAGUCCCAUGAGUUCCAAUUCCCGACUUAUUUCUCUGUAACCUAUUCUCUCUCAAACAUCAACUCACCCAUUUUUUUUGCCAGCAUCUGCAACAGGGGUAAAUUACAGUAGGUAAUUAACCUACCAACCAGCUGAUUUGUGUAAUGUGGGAUGAAACUGAAGCACCUAGAAACCUACAUGGCCAUUGGGAGAACGUGAAAGCUCCAAACAGAAAUCUGCAAGACAUAAAGUAAGCUCUGAUUGCAUAGUUUGUGCAUCUGUGACUGUCAUCCCCCCUUUUCCCCCCAAAAACAAACAUUGCCCUUAUAUUUAUAUGUUGCUUAAUUUAAUCCAGUACCCCUAUGACUUCUAAGUUAAUGUACUUUAUAUUCUUAAGCUUAUUUGUUGUUCUUAAUCAAAUUAUUCAAACACUCUUUGACACUCAAAUAACUUUUAUUUUACUGCAGGGAUCUGUUCCCAUCUUCCUUCAGAUUGAGCAGUGAAUCUACUUUUCUUGACCGAAGAAUUGAGAAAAUUCCUGAAUUUUCAUUAUUUCAUCAUAUUUCCAACAAUAAUAUUUCAACACAAAGCAAAACACUUCAAGCCUUAGUGCACUAAAAAGAUGUAGCAAACUGUUUAAGAAUAUAUCACAUGGGGAAAUAAAAUGCUAUUUAAAUGCAAUACAUUCUUAAAUUGAGAUACAGAUCAAGGAUAAGAACAUGAUGCUGUGAAUCCCUCUUGCCCGAAUCUCAGUCUGAAGAAGGGUCUCACCCAAAACGUCAUCCAUUCAUUCCUUCUAUCUAGUGAUGCUGCCUGACCCACUGAAUUACUCCAGCAUUUUCUUCGGUAUAAACCAGCAUCUGCAGUUCCUUCCUACACAUAAUCAAGGACACUAAAUUCUCCCACAUUUCUUCUAUGCUUUGACUCGUUCUUGGAAAUAUUCAACCACCCAGGUUAAUGAAUAAGACAAAAGAAUAAUUCCAACUCACUGUCAAUGUGUAACUUUAAAAAUUACAACUCAAAUGUAUGGAAUCUAAAAUCACAAGCUAUCAUCUCUUAUUUAACACAAAACAUUCAAUUUUAUCAUUUCGGCCAGAUGUCAUUAUUUAUCAAUGAUAAGUUAACAAAUGGUGUACAUUUACAAUGAGAGAACUGAAGUUUUUCAAAGAGUUAGUUAGAAUUUGAUCUCUAAUGCAUUUCACUUAACAUGUUAAACAGUAGCAGUAGUUCAAUCUGUUCUGUUUUGGAAAAUUUGUUUCACCGACUUUAAUUAAACAAAAUUUUAAAAGCGAACUAGAAUGUACAACUGCUACAAUUCAACACAAUUGCAACAAAGCAGAGAUGGAUUAAUUCUACCAAAUUAAAUGGAGCUCAAGGAAUUUUGUCAAUAUUUUAUGUUUUCAUCUCUGUCUGUACACAUUGCCUCAAACCUUGUUCUAUGGUCGUUUUUUUCCCCUCUUCUUUUAAUAUAAAUUCCUGGCAAUCCCAAAAGUACUUAGAAACAUUUGGAGUAGUCUGCGCAGAGAACUGUUGUCAUACAGUAACCAACACAAUAACUGCAUAAAAUGCAAGCAAAAUUUCAUAUUGCAAAAUAAAUGAUGCAACUUAUUAAUUUUGAAUUCCAAAGUUAAUGCAACAUUCAAAUAAUGUUACGAGGUUACUAUGUAAAAACAUUACCAUUGUAAUUUUUUUUUGGGGGUAUUCUGCAAGAGGAGUGAAGAUUGGGCCUUAGUAAGUGUUAAAUGUGAAAUUUCUUUGUAUUCAGCCAUUUUGUCCUCCAACAUGCACUCCACAGAUGGAUAAACAAACCUUUAAAUAUAUAGCUACAUAUGAUGUAGCUGGCUUUUCAAAUAUAUAUUGUUCAGAUUGUGUUUUUUUGGCGAUGGGUUUCAUUAAUACAAAUGACUGGAAAAAAAUCUCACAUUUCUAGAAUAUGUGGGCGGUUCAAAUUUUGGGAAUUUUUUGGAAGGAAAAGAACAUCAAAUUCCAGUUCCACCGUGCAUAGAAUUUUGCAAUUAAACAUUUUGGUAUUAUGCUGAUAAGAAUAGGUAAUUACUGCCCCCUGUCCAAAUCUCUGUAAUUUUCAUUCAUGAUGCAGUGCCUAUUCUCAUAUAAUUUCUAGCCUUCAGUUACUAUGUAUAACUAGGUGUUUCCUGUGUGAUUUUCUUUUAAACAUUGUAGUUUUAAUUUUUCUUAAAUUAGAACAAAAAUUAACAUUGUGUAUUUUUCUGUAUUGCACGGCUAGUCUGCCAAGUACUUUUACACAAUUGCAAAUCAGUGACAAUGAGUUUCCUUGCUGUUCUAUGGAGAACUAUGUCGUAAGUCAGCAAGCUCUAUUUCAUCCUUUAAGAAAGAUCUUUACUCCGACAAAUUUAUGAUCAUUGUAUUGAAAUUGAAAUAGAAAUGUACUUCCCAAUAUGCAUGUCUGAUUUGCUAAACAAUGGUACUUAAAGGAUUCUGUGACCAAAAGCACAAAAUGUAACAUUACUGAACAUGAAUUGCUAAUCUUUUUAAGAUAAAUUGUUGUUUGCAGUGUGCUCUGAUUAAUGGGUGCUCCAAGUCAUGUGUACUGACCUCAUUGAAUGGCAUUAAGAAUAAUUUGGUUUCCCAUAACUUGCUUCAAAGGGACUGAGAGCUGCACAUACUCAAAGCAGAGUUUCAACUUAGCCUCUAGUUCAAUAUGAAACAAUCAUAUCUAAUAACUGGAAGGUAUCUCAGGUUUUAUUUCCAGCUAUUAUUUAUUUUCCAGUAUCUAUCUGUAAUGAUCCUUCAAAGUAAAGUUUUCUUCUGACAUGAUGUAAGGCAUUGGGUUACUUUGUGAUGAAUAGUUGAGUUGGAUAUCACUGAUUUUAACACAUGGGCAAUUGAGGACUGAUCAAAAAAAGAUGAUCAAACAAAAAACAAUUAGUUAAGACUUUCAAUAAGGGUGAAAACUGCAUAGGGCUGCUCAUAGUUCUUAGACCCUUGGAUAAAUUCAUGAAUAGGAAAGGAUUAGAGGGAUCUGAGCCAAAUGCAGGUAAAUGUGACCAGCAUAGAUGAGGCAGCUCAGUUGGCAUGGACAAGUUGGUCCGAAGGGCCUGUUUCUGUACUGUAUGACUCUGACUCUCGCUAAUUGACAAUCUCGUUCCACAAAGUCAUGAGGAUGUAUGGUCUGAGUAGCUAUUGAAAACAGUGAUACGGAGUUUUCUUCAGUAAAAUGCAAAGUAAAUCUAUAACCGGUUCUAGGCCUGAGCCAUAAUCCUUGCUCCUGAUGUACAGUUUAACUUCAUUAAAAAAAAAUAUGAAAACGUUAAAAAAAAAUACCAAGUACAUUUCUGUUGACGCUAUUAGCUGUUUGUAAUAAACCCGUACUAAAUAUUGUCAAAGAUUAUGAUUAACAUGUCAGAUUUUUGUGCCCUGAAAUUUGUCCCUGGUCAGUAACAAUGUCAACUCAUGGUAAUCUACCCCCAAAAUUAAUUCCAUUCACUUCCAUGAAUUGCAUUUCGGAAACAAGAGCAGAACGUGUUAGGGUUGUUGUAUAAUGCUUUCAGCAUAAUUGACUAAGGUGAUUUUGCAUGUUGUUCUCAUUGUGUUUUCAGGUAUUUGCAAUACUGGGAUAUUCUUGCUCUUUGGGUAAGUGGCACAAAGACAAAAUAUUCUUGCAUAAUGGAUUGGACAGGUAUUUGGAAUGGAUAGGUAUGGACCGGAAUCUUGUACAUGACAACCAAGAUGGCCCAUCUAAGCCAGUCCCAUUUGUCCCAUAUUUGGUCCAUAUCCCUCUAAACCUUUCCUAUCCAUGUAUCUGUCCAGGGACCAACUGAAUUAACAUUGAAUACAAUAGAUACUUCCAAAGGUAUAAAUGUUUCAGCCUUUUUUUCUUGUAUGUUAUUUGUUAUUCUAGCAUUUGGUAUAGCUUAUUUCAUAUAUUGCAUGGUUUUCUGUAUUUUUACAUUGUGCUGCCCUUUCUGGAGAUGGAACCUGCAUUCUGAGGAAUUAAAAUAGCAUCCUUUACGUAACUCCAAAUGAAAAGAAUGUUGAAAUUUAACCUGAUACUGUCAGUUCAAGAUCUGGGCCAAACUGUACGAAUAUAGCCAUCUUCAUUGAAUGCUAUGGGAACAGUCCCUUAAAAACUAGGACACUAUUUAAUGGGUUUAAUGGUGGCUAUCCUCUUGGGUGGACUUAGUUUAUUUUUGUUGAUCGUUUUGGUCAGUUUAACCUAGAUGAUCAAAAAUAUCAUAUCAUGAUUUUCAAUUAAUAUUAGGUCAGGCUUCAUGCAGGCUAGCCACCAUGUGCAGAACACUUGUAGUUUAAAAAAGAUAGCAGAAGUAAAGUACUAUUUUUUAAAAUGGGCACAUAAUUAGUUGGCUGAAAUAUCCCAAUAUUAACAACUUUGCUGCAAGAUUGAUCUUUUCAGUGUUUCCAAGUGUCUCCUGAUUGGAAAACAUCUAAUUAAGUUGUUUUUACUGCAUCAGUGGAACGAUACACAUUUCAGUUAAGAACUAGAUGUAAGAACAUAAUACAUAUUAUUUACUGUCUGAAAGUUUGUAUCACUGUCUUAACAUCUUGCUUUUCUGUAAUUAGGACAGAUCAAAUGCUGAAACUAUGCCUUGAAGAUUAGGUUAAUUAAUCACGUUUCAAUUCUUUCUAAUUAUAAAUGUAAUGUAACAUUACUGUCAAAUAUAAAAUAGUAUAACAUAUUAUUACUCAAAUUGCUACUAGAUCUAGUAGUCAUAGAGUCAUGCAGCAUGAAAACAGACCCUUCGGCCCAACUUGCCAUGCAACCAAGUUGGCCCAUCAACUCAAGUCUCACUGCCUACUUUGCGCUCAUAUCCCUCUAAACCUUUCCUGUCCAUCUACCUGUCUAAAUGUAUUUUAAAUGUUGUAGUAGUACCUACCUCAACUACCUCCUCUGGUAGCUCGUUGCAUACACCCACCACUAUCUGCCUGCACAUGGUUUAUAUACCACCAAAUCUACAUGUGGCACCACCUUUAAGGAACUAUGUACCUACACUCCUAGGUUCUUCUGCUCUACAACACUCCCCAUAGCCCUUCCAUUUACUGGGAAGGUUCUGCUCUCAUUUGAAUUCCCAAACCUCGCACUUAUUUGCAUUAAACUUAUUAACCAUUCCUCAACCCAUGUGCCCAACUGAUCAAGAUCCUACUGUGACUUUUGAUAACCAUUUUCAAGGAUGGAUGGUUUAUACAAUAUCAUCGACUUUCAUGCCAUCUGCAAACUUUCUAACCAUACAUUGUACAUUCUCGUCCAAAUCUAUUAGACGAGCAUUAAUGUGUAAUUAAGCUCUGCAUUUACAUUGGUGUUCAUCAUAACUGCGUACAAUUGAAAAUAAGAAAUGUUUCUAAUCUAAUUCAAAUAUCCAAAGAUAACUAGUUCUAACGUAGGUUCAAAAAUUCCAAUAAGUUUCAAGAUUUUUUCAUUACAAAGCACAAAACUGCAGAUUGUGGACAUCUGAAAUAAAAGCAGAAAUUGCUGGAAAUACUCAGUAGGUCAGGAAAUAGGUUUAGUGCUUCAGGUCAGAACCAUGAGAGAUUGACUUGAACCAUUAACUUUAUUUAUGUCUGUGCAGAUGUUGUUUAACCUGCUGAACAUUCCCAGCAUUUUCUGCUUUAGAUUCUUUAACCAGCCUCUGCUCAUUUAAUUUUGCCGGUAAAAUAAAAAAAAAUUGAAAUAAGUUAAACUGCUUUGAAUAUAAAUAAAAGCAAAUGAUUUUUUUUUAACCUAUAAACUGCAUCUGUUGGUUUGCUAGAUCUGUCAUUUUUAUUUUGGUUUACCCAAAGGGAAGGUUUGUCACGUUGCAAGCAGCUUGCCUUUGGGAGGGAAUGGAAAGAGAUGGAUGUCUUUAUGCAGAGAUCUCUCUAGUAUACCUGCUGAUAAUUUAACUAUGACAGAACACCACUUUACAAGCUGCACUUGACCAGAUACCAAGAGUUAAUUUAGACUCGGGGGAAAAAGCUUUGAACAAAGUCCACAUUUAGGGAAAAGACAGGAGAAAAUCAGAAAUUGCAAUGUUGUGUCCAAUGCAAUUUGCAAAGAGGUUUUCUCAGAUAUAUAAUUAAUUAAUCAAAUUCGACUGCAGCUACUGAGGUCAGAUGGGAAUUUUAAUUUUGGGAUUCCUUGAUCUCAGGAAUAUCAGUCAGGUGGGUAUUAGUAUAAAUCGUAGGUUAUUAGACCACAGUUUAAAAUCUCAAACUGCAAAUUAAUUCCAGACAUUGGCAUGAGCAAGGCUUUUUAAACCAGUGCUAUUUCACAUAUGUAUGAAGGAUGAUAUAUUUUACAGCCCAUUGCUGUACUGUUCUUGUUGCCUCUGAAACUCACCAUUGCUUUAGUUCUUUACUCUAACCAUAUAAUAUUGGUUUCAAGUGAGAAAUAAGAGGGUUAAAAGGGUUCUGAUAAUUUGUUAUACAUCCAGAGGAUGGGUGCAAUUUUGAACACAUUGCCAGAGAAAAUAGUGGUGGCAGGUACUUCCACAUUUAAAAUGUAUCUGGAUUGAGCAUUGAAAUCCCUAAGGCUGUGAAGCCCAUUCAUUGAAUGUUGAUAAAUGGGUUAGUACAGAUAGGUAUUAGCAGUGAUAGAGUAAUUCACCAUGGAAAUAGGCUGUUCAGCCAAACUCGUCCAUGUUGAGCAAGAUGUCCAUCUACUGUAGUCUCAUUUGCCCACAGUAGAUCCAUAUCCCUCUAAACCUUUCUUGAAUAUCACCAUGGACAUGGUGGGCUGAAGGAUCUGUUUCUGUGCUGUGUGACUCUCUGAAUAUUUACAAAUACGAGGCAGAGCACCAAACUGUUGCAAAUUAGUCAAAAAAUGAAGUCUGCUCUCCACAGUAAACCUAAAUCUCCCCGCAGCUACAUGUCAGAACAAAAUAAGAGUGGUUUCUGAUUAUUUUCUCUAUUAAGUUCAUUGGUAUCUCAGAUAUGUCUCCACAUCACACUAAUCCAGCCAUAAGAGGAAGCUGGUGAAUGAUUAUUAAUUUCCCUCUAAGGGUCAGGAUGGAGAACGAGAGUUCUGAUUUAAAAUUUGAUUGCGAUAUAUUAUGAUGUUUUUUUUUUAAUGUCGUCAUGGAGAGCUAUGUGAUGAAUGCAUGGGAUAUCAGCUUAAUAGUUCCUUACUCUCAAGGUGAAGUACAAUCAAAUUCUAUCAUGAUUAAUUCAAUCAUAUUGGAGGCCACCUACUUAUUUCACUCCAGAGUUUGUUUAAAUCUUUGGAGUCACAGUGGGAGGUUUUGCACAACUGUCCAUUUGUAUCUCACUCAGAAAAUAAGCAAUUACAUGUUGAAUAGGUGAUGGGGAUUUAGAAUGAUCCCUUUUGGAUCUUUGUGAAUUAUAGGACUCAAUCUGAGGGAUGAUUGUUGCUCGUUGUAAUUAAUCUUAUGAAUUUUAUGCAUAGAUUAUUCAUAACAGCUAUUUUAUGUUUUAAUGUAAAGGCAAUCAUUUCUAGCCAAUUAAAAAAACUGGGCUAGACAUUCCCAUUCGCAAUUGACCCCUAUCAUAGGUUAUGUCUCUGGAUCAUGAUUUGAACGGCACAGUGGCACAGCAGUAGAGUUUGCUGCUAUCUCACAACACCAGAGACCCAGGUUUGAUCCUGGCUAUGAUUGCUGAGUUUGUACGUUCUCCCUGUGACCACGUGGUUUUACUCCAGAUGCUCCGGUUUCCUGCCACACUCCAAAGGCAUACACGUUUGUAGGUUAAUUGGCUUCCGUAAAUUGUCCCUGGUCAGUAGGAUAGAACUAGUGUACAGGUGAUCGUUGGUCAGUGUAGACUCGGUGGGCCGAAGGGCCUGUUUCCACACUGUAUCUCUAAACUAAAAUAAACUCAAUAAUAUUGAUGUGUGCGACACUCACUUCUGCCUUAGCAACAGCAAUUGGAUGAACGAAGCACCACAGAAAACCUUCAUCUAUAAUAUCCAGUAAAGGAAGGAUCCAAACCCACAGGGCAUUAAGAGAACUGAGUAAAGGACCUUGUUGGGGUGUGGAUGUGUUGCUGUUUGUAUGUUCAGGCCUGAGUCUUUUGUAGUGUGUAUAUUUGUUCUGUUAGUGUUUCAUGCACAAUAUAGUGUGCAGCUACAAACCUUGCCUGAUCAGUGAGUCUGUACAUCAUAGUGGUGCGGGGCCCCAUAGCCUGUGGCGACAGUCACAGGAUGGUGAAAGCACACACUCACUAAAGAUGUGUCCACCUCGCCCAAGGCAUCCCAUCAAGAGCCAUCAAUUUCACUGCACUGUGACUAUCAAGAGGGGAGCCCUUUAAGGUUGUGAUCCACUUCCUUCGCUUCCCUGCAGCAAAGUAGCAUGUCUUUUAUUGAUUUUUUUCUCCCCCCCAGACUCCCAUUAGGGCAAAACACAGUGCACUUCAACACACCAAAUCAGGGCAUGUUAGGUUCUGUUCCCUUAUAUGUGCAGAUUUUGAUUGUUGUACUCUUGAGUAUAUGGUAUUUGUAUCUUUAAUGUCACUUUAUCAUGAUCAGCUUGAAUAUGAAAAGUAAACCUGGCCAUGUGUCAAUUCUGAAUUUGCCAAUCUGGUACAUCAAAGCCAAGGACAAUUUUUUAGAGAAAGAUUCAAAAAGUUAAUUUCCUGUGUAAAGCCAAACGGCAUAUUAACACCAUCAAAUGAAACCGUUGUGGAAAUAUUGUGGAUACUCCCAUAGUGCGUUGCAGCAUCCAGAUGCCUGAUAGGGUAUGAAGUGUUAUGAGAUACGAUUACAGGGAGAAAGAAGCAGUAGUAGACCUCUUGAGUUCAGUUAAGUUUAUUGUCGUGUACCGAGGUACAGUGAAAGCUUUUGUUGCAUGCUAGACAAUACAUUACAAUCAAGACAUCCACAGUGUACAGAUACAUGAUAAAGGGAAUAUUGUGAAUAAUAUUUAGUGCAAGAUAAAGCCAGUGAAGUCCGAUGUCUUGUCUUGGCCCCUGCCUACUCCACCAUUCAAUAAGAUCAUGGCUGAUAGCUAAGAUCAUUGUCACUAAAUCCACAUCUCGUCAUUUAUAUGCAAAACUCUGAUUUGGUCUCUCCAGUGAGAAAAUGACAAUGAAUAUUUAAUUUUUAUUUUUAAAAACUCAAUUGACUGGUCUGGCUUACCUGUGACCAUCCCCUUUAUAGAUUUAAAGUAUAUAUAUAUAAUUUAAGCAAUAGUCUUGCAUUUUUAUAUGUGCAAUAUGAUUGAAUCGGUCAACAGAAGGUCCUCUUGCCAUUUUUAAAUAUGUAUUAUGAAACAUCACCAACUUGAGCAAUUACUCAUCAAUUAGCAAUUGAGUUUCCAAACAGUUAAAUAUUGUAAUUAAAAAAAUAAUCAACUUUCGGUGGCAUCAUCCAAUUUGGGAGGCAAAUUUGAGAGACAGCAACUAUUUCUCUAUGUUAUAAUUGUUACCUUUAGUUGAUCCUGCUGGAGAUUUGUUUAAAUGUUGUAGUGCUACAUCAAUAAAAUAUAGAAACAAGGAACUGCAGAUGCUGGUUUACCCCAAAAUAAGACUCAAGGUGGUGGAGUACAGCGGAUUCAACUUCAGAGAUGCUGCCUCCAACACUUUGGGUCAUCAAUAAAGUAUACAAUUUUCAGGCACAAUGCAAACAUAUAUUUGCUAAUAAAUAACAUCAAAGAUCUUUUAAUUUUGAAUGUAUUCCAAAAGUUAAUUUUGAAUUGUAUUAAUGUGAGACAUAUCUCAACCAAUUUAUUAUGUCUUUUUUUCCAAAUUAACUUUAAAUUACUUAUAAAAGCAAAAAAAAAGUGCAGAUUGAGUGUUCACCAUCGUGCCACACUUAUACAAAGGUAUAUUUGGUGCUUCUUCCUUCAUGUAAAUAUACACUGCAGCAACCAAAAAAUAAUCAUCCUGGUCAACUGUGUAAAUAUGUAAUCUCAAAAUCUCAUUAGCAGCAGACUAGAUUUACCCUUAAAUGUUGUAAAUGUUUUACUGACAUUUCAGGUAGUUGGAAGCAUUGUCUUUCUCUCUCCCUCUCUGAAAAUGCUUCUUUUUAAUGCUUAAUCACAUUGUGUAAAUGAAAAUCAUUGAAACACAUCUUGGCUCUUGUUAGAGAUUAGUUCCUCGGAGCCUUUUACUAGUAUUCUCGAUUGCUAACUUCCAACAAGCAGAAAGUGUCUGUGAUAAUGAAGGUGUGCAUUUGGAAGAUGCACCAUGAAUACUUUAUAUAUGAGCAGUUGUGGAAUAGCCUGUGUUCCUUUGUUGAUACAUAUAAGAGUACAAUUGAGCAAAAAUUUAAAGAAAGCUGAAACCAUUUUAGCAGCAACUAUCUGUUAAGCAUGAUAAUGCGUCACAGCAUCUUAAUAUUUUAAUAUUUAAUUUUUUUUUAAUGUUCUUCAGUGUAACUAGAAAUGUUAUUAAUGAAGCUCGGCUUUUAAUUUCACUUGUUUUACUUUUAUAAUUCAAAAUGGUUCUUUAUACAAAUGUAGAGGUGAUCAGUUACCUUGGCUUUAUUAUCAGGGUAUUUGCACAGUUACUGGUUAAGUGAUUAAAAAGAAACUGCUUUUUACAGUUUAGAAUUUUUUACUGGUUUCUCUCGUGUCAUGUUUUUUGGAGUUGUAGGAUAUAUUUGAAAAGGUUUUUUCUGUAAGUAUAGAGUUUGGUACCACUUUCAACCAAGCCUCUGUGAUGAUGUGCUUCUGAUCGGUAUCUCCAAUAUUGUGUGUGGAUUAAUGUGCGAAACAGAAGCAGUGAUUUAUUGUAAGAGACUGUGCAACAAUUUCUAUUGGCUCUUUAAAAGUUAGUUUCUUAAGGAUUCUCGGCAACCUGUUUUAUUAAAUUUUCCGAUAACAACUCCUCUUUGGCACUCUUUAAUCUUUUUAAGUAUUAAAAGAAUUAACCAGACAAUCCAAAAUUACCCUUUGAUUUCAUCAAAUUGAAUCGAUGGAGAGGCAAAUUUAAUUCGGAAGAUUUAAAGUGAAUUUUAUCACAUGUUUACACCCCUAGUUUUGAAGGUAUUAUUAAAACUAAAGGCCGAUGUAAGUUAAUACAUUUUUGCCAGCCAAAUUCAUUGGAUAUUGGAACAUUAGCAGGAAGACUAUUCGAUCUCUGGGAAAGUUCUGCUGCAUUUCUUCAGCUGUUAUAUUAUUGCAAUCCAUAAACAAUUGAAGAAUCUAUAACAGAAUAGAAUCAAUCGUCAAAGAUAUCUAUGUUCUAUAAUAUUCAUAGAAACAUAGAAAAUAGGUGCAGCAGUAGGCCAUUCGGCCCUUCGAGCCUGCACCGCCAUUCAAUAUGAUCAUGGCUGAUCAUUCAACUCAGUAUCCUGUACCUGCCUUCUCUCCAUACCCCCUGAUCUCUUUAGCCACAAGGGCCACAUCUAACUCCCUCUUAAAUAUAGCCAAUGAACUGGCCUCAACUACCUUCUGCGGCAGAGGAUUCCAGAGAUUCACCACUCUCUGUGUGAAAAAGGUUUUCCUCAUCUCGGUCCUAAAAGAUUUCCCCCUUAUCCUUAAACUGUGACCCCUUGUUCUGGACUUCCCCAACAUCGGGAACAAUCUUCCUGCAUCUAGCCUGUCCAACCCCUUAAGAAUUUUGUAAGUUCAUGUUUGAUAUUCAUGUUUAAAAAUUCAGACGUGGUGUCAUUUUAUCUAUUAAAAUGAUUAAAGAAUAGGUAUUUCCGCAUGCAAAUUGUAUGAUGGUUAACUAAUUUUUGUGGAACAAAUUACAAAUUUAGCAGUCACUAAAAUUUAAACUUUCAAAGGAAUUAAAUGUGUUUCACUAUUGCAUCUGUCCAGGAUCAUGCAAUGGUUCUUGAACAUAUGUCGCUUUGUACCCUAACAAAUCAAAAUAGCCAAUACAGAUUGCUGAAUAGUCUUGUUUAUAUGCCAUAAAGUUGGAUUUCUAGGAUUUAAAAGCAUUAACAUUAAAAUGUUUACUAAACUGUGAAGUCAUAGAUUCCCAUGUUAGCAUGUUAUUAUGUUUGGCUAGGUGCUCUGUUCUGAGUUACUUUUUAUGAACAAGUUUUGCAAAGCAGUUAUUUGUAAACUCGCUUUAUAUUUUGUACAUCAUAAUGUAUACAAUGUAAAUAGGCAAUGUUGGCGACAGCAAUCAUUUAAAGUGUCUGUAGUCUUUCAAAGAAACUAAUGGAUUCUAUUCUUUAUGCCGGAGUAAGCUAUUGGUUGCCUUUGCUCUUGGCUCAAUACCAACUUGAAGCAUGUCUCAAGGGCAACAAAAUUAUCAUCUGUCUGACUUUCUGUCCAUUAAAGUGAUGCUACAUAUUUGUCAGUUA